UGCUCGCGUCGUGCAUCAUUUAUUUUUUUUACAGUCUGUGGUAAGAAACGAGUCUUUACCCGGGGUUUAAAGCGCGUUUAUAACGACGAGAAGCCGGGUUUAAGCGCAGUGCGAUAGCCCUAUUGGGUUAUGACGAUAUUUCUGUAGAAAACGUGCUCUUUAGUCACAGUAGACAUUUAAUGAAAACCUGUUACAAGAUUAUAAUUAUUAUCAAAAGAUCUUCUGUAGGCACAUUUGCAUGUCUUUAAUCAGCCGUGAUGUUUCUAAAGAUCUGAACGCAGUCUGUGUCUUUAAGUGUCUUUCUUCAUUCAGUCAGUAUGGAGCUCAGUCAACUUCCUCUUAUGCUCCUGGUGAUUUCAAACAUCUACUCUCAAGAUACUGAAGGAGCAGUGUUAAAUCUUUCUCCACAGACGCGGUUGACUGAAGAAAGCACAUUCAGCAGGUUUUCUACAACUCUCCCAUCAAUGGUGAUUUCAAACAACUACUCUCAAGAUACUGAAGAUAAAGCCCUGGCAGUGUUAAGUGUUUCUCCACAGACGUGGUUGACUGAAGGAGAUCCAGUGACUCUGAUCUGUGAGGUUAAUGACUCGUCUGCAGGCUGGACAUUCAGCUGGUAUACUCUAACCCUCUUCUUAUCAGGCGAUACAUAUUAUUUUAGGUGGCUCUCAGACAGCAGCAGAGGACUCUACACUAUCAGUUCUGCUGCUUUAAAUCACACAGGAAUGUAUGCAUGCAGAGCAAAGAGAGGAGAUACAGUCUCUUACACAAACUACAGCAACACACAGUUAAUAUGGGUCACUGGUGUUUCUCCUCCAGUCUCUCUGAUCAUCAGUCCCAGCAGAACUCAACACUUUACAUCUGUCUCUCUCUCUCUGAGCUGUGAGGACCAGAGUAACUCUAGAUGGACAGUGAGAAGAUACACAGGAUGGAGGACACGGAAUGGUUGUUCAUCAAUGUGGGGAUUAAAAAUAGGAUUUACAUGUACAAUCAGAUCCACUGGAACAUAUUACACAGGAGUGUACUGGUGUGAGUCUGAUUCUGGAGAGAAAAGUCAACCAGUUAAUAUUACUAUACACUCUGGUGUGAUUCUGGAGAGUCCUGUUUAUCCUGUGAAUGAAGGAGAUAAUCUGAUUCUACGCUGUUUAUAUCAAAAUCCAACCUCACCAAACCUCAGAGCUGAUUUCUAUAAAGAUGAUUCACUCAUCCAGAGUCAAACUACAGAGAUGAUCAUCUCUACUGUCUCAAAGUCACACGAGGGUUUCUACUCCUGCAAACACCCAGAGAGAGGAGAGUCACCCAAGAGCUGGAUCUCAGUCACAGAAAGGCCAAAAGCCAAAGUGACCAUCAAACCUGAUCAACAUGUAUUCAGAAGAGAGAGAGUCACUCUCAGAUGUGAUAUAUAUGCUGAAGGAGUCACUAGAUGGCGGUACAGCUGGUAUAAAGAUGGUUCAGGCACUGUUUUCAGUGAUAAACAGGAACACACAUUCAGUUCUGUUACUGAGUCUGACGCAGGUAAAUACUCCUGUUCUGGAUCAGAGAGAGAAGGAUCACGAACAUCACACAUCAGUGAAGAAGUUACUCUGACAGUAUCAGUUCCCAGAACAGUGUUAAGUGUUUCUCCACAGACGUGGUUGACUGAAGGAGAUCCAGUGACUCUGAUCUGUGAGGUUAAUGACUCGUCUGCAGGCUGGGCAUUCAGCUGGUUCACUCAUAAUAGUUUAUCAGGUGUUUCUCCUCCAGUCUCUCUGAUCAUCAGUCCCAGCAGAACUCAACACUUCACAUCUGUCUCUCUCUCUCUGAGCUGUGAGGACCAGAGUAACUCUACUGGAUGGACUGUGAGAAGAUACACAGACCGAUGGGGGCUGGAAGAUUGUUCAUCAUCAUCAUCAUCAUCAUCAUCAUCAUCAGUGUGGGGAUCACAAACAGGAUCUACAUGUACAAUCAGAUCCACCAUCACAGAGGACACAGGAGUGUACUGGUGUGAGUCUAAAUCUGGAGAGAAAAGUCAUCCUGUUAAUAUCACUGUACACCAGGGUGUGAUUCUGGAGAGUCCUGUUCAUUCUGUGACUGAAGGAGAUAAUCUGACUCUACGCUGUUUAUAUCAAAAUGUAACCUCAUUAGAUCUCAGAGCUGAUUUCUAUAAAGAUGAAUCACUCAUCCAGAGUCAAACUACAGAGAUGAUCAUCUCUACUGUCUCAAAGUCACACGAGGGUUUCUACUCCUGCAAACACCCAGAGAGAGGAGAGUCACCCAAGAGCUGGAUCUCAGUCACAGCGUCUCAUUCAGGAUCUCAGAUCUCUGUCCUCCACACAUUCACUUCUGUUCUGACAGUUUCUCUAUAUCUGCUAGUGACAGUCGUGCUGAUUUACAAAUGCUGCAGGAUGAGAGAUGAAUCCAUGACCUCCAGACUGAAUCUCCAGACUGAAUCCGAAGAACAUGAAACAAAGAAUAAGACAGUCGAGAGUCUGUGGCAGAAUGAAACACCUGAACCCAGCUGUGUGUCCAUGAAGAGUGACCAGUCAAUGCCAUGUCCAAUUAAAUUCAGUUUUGGAGACACAUCUGUUGAUCUGAGUGAAAAACCCAAAGGACCGGAAUCACAUACAACAAAGAACUUAGACUACAUUUUCAUGGAGCUUGAGCAGGAAAUCAUGUUUGAGAUAAAGAGUGAGUUAAAAAGCUUUAAGAAAAUACUGAGUCCAGAUUACCCAGAUUGCUCUGAAAGAGACCAGUAUGAUGAUGAGGAUAGUAACAAAGUCAGAGAGGAUGUUCUGAAGAUAACACUGCUCAGCCUAAGAAAGAUGAACCAAACAGACCUUGCUAACACACUACAGAACAAAUUGAUGCCUGUGUAUCAAGAAAAACUCAGAUCCAGACUACAGGAUAAAUAUCAAAGACUCAAUGAAGGAAUUUCCAAUCAUGGAGACUCAACACGUCUGAAUGAGAUCUACACAGAGCUGUACAUCACAGAGGGAGGCAGUGGAGAGGUCAAUAAUGAACACGAGGUGAGACAGAUUGAGACAGUGUCCAGGAGACCAGAGACACAGGACACACCAAUCAACUGUAAUGACAUAUUUAUACCCUCACCUGGACAAGACAAACCCAUCAGAACUGUGCUGACAAAAGGAGUCGCUGGAAUUGGAAAAACAGUCUCUGUGCAGAAGUUCAUUCUUGACUGGGCUGAAGGAAAAGCCAACCAGGAUGUUCAUUUUAUCUUUCCACUUCCUUUCAGGGAGCUGAACUUGAUGCAGAAAAAUUUCAGCCUCAAGCAACUUCUAAAUCACCUUCACCCAGAAACCAAAGAAUUUAAGUCAGCAGAUUAUGAUUACUACAAAUUCAUGUUCAUAUUUGAUGGUUUGGAUGAGUGUCGACUUAGUCUAGAUUUCCAAAACAAUCAAAACUUGUCUGAUGUAACAGAACCAGCUUCAGUGGAUGUGUUGCUGACCAACCUCAUCAAGGGCAAUCUACUUCCUUCUGCUCUCCUCUGGAUCACCUCUCGACCAGCAGCAGUCAAUCAGAUCCCUCCUGAGUGUGUCGACCAGGUCACAGAGGUGCGAGGAUUCAAUGACCCUCAGAAGGAAGAAUAUUUCAGGAAGAGAAUAAAUGAUCGGAGUCUAGCUGAUAGAGUCGUCACGCACAUCCGAUCAUCAAGAAGUCUGUUCAUCAUGUGUCACAUCCCAGUCUUCUGCUGGAUUUCAGCCACUGUACUCGAGAGGAUGAUGGGUAAAGCAGAGAGUGCAGAGAUUCCCAAAACUCUCACACAAAUGUUUACACACUUCCUGAUCUUCCAGACCAAACUGAAGACUCAGAAAUAUGAUGGGAAAUAUGAAAUUGAUUCUGAUAAGGCUAGACAGACGAUUCUGUCUCUAGGAAAACUGGCUUCUGAACAGCUGGAAAAAGGAAACCUGAUUUUCUAUGAGGAGGACCUGAAAGAGAGUGACAUUGAUGUCAGAGAAGUGUCAGUGUACUCAGGAGUUUGUACCCAGAUCUUCAGAGAGGAGUUUGGACUGCAGUUGGGAAAGGUGUACAGCUUUGUUCAUCUGAGUAUUCAGGAGUUUCUUGCUGCUUUAUUCAAGCUGCUGUCCUUUUCUGAACAAAACACAGGACUGUGGAAUGAGUUUACAAGUUUACUGAAGAUAGAAGUGGACAAGGCCUUACAGAGUGAGAACGGACACUGGGACCUUUUCCUCCGGUUCCUUCUAGGUCUGUCACUAGAGUCUAAUCAGUCUCUCUUACAAGGUCUCCUGAAAAAGAGAGUAAGCAGCUCUGAUAUCAGUCAGGAAACAGCUGAAUACAUUAAACAGAAGAUCAGGGAGAAUCCCUCUCCAGAGAAAUCCAUCAAUCUGUUCCACUGUCUGAAUGAACUGAAUGAUUGUUCACUAGAGCAGGAAGUCCAAACAUACCUGAGCAGAACAGGUGACCUUUGUCUUUCUGGAGUCAAACUAUCUGCGGCUCAGUGGUCAGCUCUGGUGUUUGUGCUGUUGAACUCAGAAGAAGAGCUGGAUGAGUUUAAACUGAAUAAAUAUUAUCAGUCAGAAGAAUGUCUUCUGAGGCUGCUGCCAGUGAUCAAAGCAUCUAGAAAGGCUGAUCUUUCCAGUUGUUUUAUUACACAGCAAGGUUGGUCUGCUCUGACUUCAGCUCUGAGAUCGAACCCCUCACACCUGACAGAACUAAAUCUGAGCUGUAAUUAUCUAGGAGACUUAGGAGUAAAGAUGCUCGCUGCUGUACUGGAGGAUCCUCAUUGUAAACUGGACAAACUACAGCUGUUGGACUGCAGUAUUGGAGAGGAAGGCUGUGCUGCUCUGAUUUCAGCUCUUAGAUCAAACCCCUCAUAUAUGAGAGAACUGGAUCUGAGUGAUAAUAAACCAGGAGACUCAGUAGUGAAGCUGCUAUCUGCCCUACUGGAGGAUCCACACUGUAAACUGGAGAAACUAUGGCUGUGUAACUGCAGUAUUGGAGAGGAAGGCUGUGCUGCUCUGAUUUCAGCUCUGAGUUCAAACUCCUCACACAUAACAGAACUGGAUCUUAGUCGUAAUAAUCCAGGAGACUCAGGAGUGAAGUUGCUUUCUGCUCUAUUGGAGGAUCCACACUGUAAACUAAAGAAACUAUGGCUGAGUUACUGCAGUAUUGGAGAAGAAGGCUGUGCUGCUCUGAUUUCAGCUCUGAGAUCAAACUCCUCACACCUGAGAGAACUUGAUCUGAGAUGUAACAAUCCAGGAAACUCAGGAGUGAAGCUGUGUUCUGGUCUAAUGGAGGAUCCACACUGUAAACUGAAGAAAUUAAAUAUUUGACAGUGGAAACUCUACAAACGUCAAACAAGUGAAUCAAAACAACACGUCCUGAACAAGACAAAUCAUGAUACAGCUUUUUUUUAUGUGAAGAAUUUUUGUUAUUAAUUUUCAUUCGUACUAGAAUCUUUUCACAGUCUCAUUUGAACAUUUUUUAUUUUUUAAGUAGAUUGGUCAUACUAACUGCACUGUAAAACAUUUCGUUUGUAACUACAGUAUACUGUACAGCAGUGCUUCCUAACCCUGUUCCUGGAGGCAGGAACCUUAUCUGACCAAUAUAUCUCUACUAAUGAGAUGAUGUAGUGACGGUGUGCCUCUAAGAAUAGGGUUGGGAAACACUGCUCUACAAAAUACUGGGAACUGUUGCUUCAGUUGCAUGGAAAUUAUCCAAUAUAGACUUUGUUGUGGACAGCACAUUCCAGGGCCUAUCUUUGACCACUCUAGUGGACAAAGAGUUUGCUACAUUUUGAUUGGAUUUUGGUGGGCUAACAUAGGCAAACUGUCCAAUGCCAGCAGAUAAAGAUACCAGGACAAUGGCCAGAUACCCCUUAAAGGGCAUGAUGAAGACCUUUGGUAAAAAGCUGGGAACUACAGGACACAACUACAUCUCAUUGGUCAAAAUGCAGUUUCUUUCCUUCACCCAACAACAGACUGAUUCCUAAGGUUUUGGCCUGUGACUGCCAAAAAAAUAUUUUUUUUCAAAUGGAGAAAAAUAAAUAAAUUGACAGAUACCUGGUUUAAUGGAAAGGAUUGUGACACCAAACAGUCUUUGGGUGGAUUUGGGGCACCUCUAUGCCUAUACUGUGACCCUUCAGUCACAGAGAAGUCUCAAACAGCAGGUGUUUGUCUGUACAUGAACAAUCGAUAGGCAAAGACAGUGAUUUUCCACAUCAUGUGCAUCACUGAUAGAGAACUAUUUACUUGAUCUCUCCGACCUUUCUAUUUGUCAUUAGAAUUUCAGCAACUUUUUAUUUCAGUGGGAUACAUUCACCCAAAAUCUAAUGUUCAGAAGGCAAUGGACAUCUUCAAUCAAUCGUUUGUUUAUUUUGUAAUGUUGGUUUAUGUUGUAAAUAUAGUUUUUUUUUUUUCAUCUGUUGUGUGUUACCAGUGUUGUAUUUUGUAUGUCUAGUAUUGAUGUCACAUCUUUUAAUGAUGUUUAUCCGCAGUUGCUUUACUAUUGUGAAAAACCUAUACACAAACAGUUACUGUAUGAAUAUGAAAUAAGUUGUUAAUUGAUCUUCCUGCUUAAGUAAUGCUAAAAUAAAUUCAUGUUCAUGUUAAAAGAUA